AGAGUCCAAUGCUUCUCUGUCUGUCUGCUCUGUUCUUUCCUUUCUUCCUGCACAAAAUCCUCCAUACAAAAUGACCCAAGAUAAAGAAAGCUUGAAUGGAAUGCCAGAAACCAGGAGGAAUCUCAUUUCCUUCUCCAUGAAACACAAGAAGCUAUUCCUUGCUCUCUUUGCUUUUCUGCUUCUAGUUGCCGCUAUGAUUGCCAUUGUCACUGGCAUAAACUCGCAUGAUAAUGGUGAGAAUUCAACAUCUCAUGCCAUCCUCAAAUCCUCGUGCAGCAGCACAAGAUUCCCUGAUCUGUGCUUCUCAGCUGUAGCUUCUGUCCGUGGAGCCACCAGCAAUUUGGCUAGCCAAAAAGAUGUUAUUGAAGUGUCCUUGAACCUCACAACUACCGCCGUCGAACACAAUUACUUCACCGUGAAGAAGCUCUUAGCCACAAGGAAACUCACCAAGAGAGAAAAGACUGCUCUCCAUGAUUGUUUGGAGACUAUAGAUGAGACUCUCGAUGAGCUGCACAAGGCCUUGGUGGAUCUAAAGGAGUAUCCCAGCAAGAAAUCUUUAACUCAACACGCAGAUGAUCUCAAGACUCUAAUGAGCGCUGCGAUGACCAAUCAAGAAACUUGCUUGGAUGGGUUCUCUUAUGAGAAAGCCGAUAAGAAAGUGAGAGAAGCUCUGUUGGCUGGCCAAGUUCAUGUUGAGCGAAUGUGCAGUAAUGCACUGGCAAUGAUCAAGAACAUGACAGAUACAGACAUAGCCAAAGCGGCAGCAGCCACUACAAACAGGAAGCUAAAGGAGGAGAAAGAUGAAGAAAGUGAGCGGUGGCCAGAGUGGAUGUCAGUGGCGGACAGGCGGCUGUUGCAGACAUCGUCGGUGACCCCAGAUGCGGUGGUGGCAGCUGAUGGAAGUGGGGACUAUGAGACAGUAUCAGAUGCAGUAGCUGCUGCUCCUAAGAAAAGCAGCAAGAGGUACAUUAUUAGAAUAAAGGCAGGCGUUUACAGGGAAAAUGUGGAAGUCCCAAAAAGCAAGACAAACAUAAUGUUUUUGGGAGAUGGAAGAAACACAACUAUUAUUACAGCAAGCAGAAACGUGGUUGAUGGAAGCACAACCUUCAAAUCUGCCACAGUUGCUGUAGUGGGCCAAGGAUUCCUAGCCAAGGGGGUGACCUUCCAAAACACAGCGGGUCCUUCCAAGCACCAAGCAGUGGCACUAAGGGUUGGGGCUGAUCUCGCAGCUUUCUACGAAUGCGACAUGCUAGCUUACCAAGACACCCUCUAUGUCCACUCCAAUCGCCAAUUCUUCAUCAACUGCUUAAUUGCAGGCACAGUUGAUUUCAUUUUCGGCAAUUCAGCAGUAGUUUUCCAAGACUGCGACAUCCAUGCACGUAAACCCAAUUCAGGCCAGAAAAACAUGGUCACAGCACAAGGCAGAAUCGACCCAAAUCAGAACACUGGCAUUGUUAUUCAAAAGAGUAGAAUUGGAGCCACUUCUGAUCUGCUGCCUGUUCAGAGUAGCUUCCCAACUUAUCUCGGCAGGCCCUGGAAAGAGUAUUCAAGAACUGUAAUAAUGCAAUCUGUGAUCAGUGAUGUGAUAGAUCCUGCAGGAUGGCACGAGUGGAAUGGGGAUUUUGCACUGAGCACAUUGUUUUAUGGAGAGUAUGAGAACAGUGGAGCUGGUUCUGGAACAUCUGACCGAGUUAACUGGGAGGGUUACAAAGUGAUUACUAAUGCAAGUGAGGCUCAAGGGUUCACUCCUAGUGAGUUCAUUGCUGGUCACACUUGGUUGACUUCCACUACCUUCCCAUUUUCUCUUGGUUUGUAAGAUUUUGAAAGAAAAAUUAAUGUGUUAUUGCUUGAUUAACCCCUUGUAUUUGUUGUAGCUAGUUCUUGCUUCAUUGGUGAGUCUUUGUAUGAGGCCUUAUAUAUAUGUAUGCUUUCUUGAUUAAUCAAUAAAAGCAUAUGGGAAGAUUUCUAAAUUAUUAA